AUGGGUCAGACCUUGUCGGAGCCGGUGGUCGAGAAGACCUCGGCGGAGGGUGGAGAUGAGUGCUGUAUCUAUGGUGUCUCUGCCAUGCAGGGCUGGCGUAUCAGCAUGGAAGAUGCCCACGCCGCCAUCCUCGACCUUCACGCGAAAUACACGGGACCUACCGAUGAGAAACCGACCGAUCCGGAUCAGCGUCUGGCCUUCUUCGGUGUAUAUGACGGCCACGGUGGAGAUAAGGUAGCGCUGUUCACUGGGGAGAACCUCCACAAGAUCGUCUCCAAGCAGGAAUCAUUCGCCAAGGGCGACAUCGAGCAGGCCCUGAAGGAUGGAUUCUUGGCUACUGAUCGGGCUAUUUUGGAAGACCCGAAAUACGAAGAGGAAGUGUCCGGUUGCACUGCCUCCACAGCAAUCAUCUCCAAGCACAAGAUCUGGGUGGCCAAUGCCGGUGACUCUCGAUCAGUACUAGGUGUCAAGGGUCGCGCAAAGCCCCUCUCUUUCGACCACAAGCCGCAGAACGAAGGCGAGAAGGCCCGUAUUAGUGCCGCGGGUGGCUUCGUCGACUUCGGCCGUGUCAACGGUAACCUCGCCCUGUCCCGCGCCAUCGGUGACUUUGAGUUCAAGAAGAGCCCCGAGCUUUCCCCCGAGCAACAGAUCGUGACUGCAUACCCCGAUGUGACAGUGCACGAGUUGACCGAUGACGAUGAAUUCCUGGUUAUUGCCUGUGACGGUAUCUGGGAUUGCCAAUCCUCCCAAGCAGUCGUCGAGUUUGUGCGGAGAGGAAUUGCCGCCAAGCAGGAUCUUUACCGGAUCUGUGAGAACAUGAUGGACAACUGCCUGGCAUCCAACAGCGAGACUGGUGGUGUUGGCUGUGACAACAUGACCAUGACCGUUAUUGGUCUGCUCAACGGUCAGACCAAGGAGGAGUGGUACAACAAGAUUGCAGAGCGGGUUGCAAACGGAGACGGGCCUUGUGCUCCUCCCGAUGUGCGAGCAGCCGAGUUCCGCGGCCCUGGAAUCCGGAACCAAUUCGAGGACCAGCCCGACGACUAUGAGUUGGAGAUGGAGCGUUCGCGGGCGUUUAGCGUGCGCCAGGGUCGGAUCAUUCUCUUGGGCGACGGCACCGAGGUCAUCUCGGAUCAGAACGAGGAAGAGCUGUUCAACCAGACAGAGGAGCAGGAUCUGGCCAACCAGGUGCAUCCGACCGGUUCUCGGAAUGAGCGUGAGGGUACCCCCGGACCUCAAGGCAAGCAGGACGAGGCCAGCGGAGCGACUCAAAUAUCCGAAUCCCCCGCCUCUACGGAUGACAAGGAGAAGUCUACUUCUGCAUAG